UAAUUCAUCAAUGGAAAUUAUAAUCUAAAAUAUGAAAAUACUUGUCAACAAUAAUGUAAGUAUCAAAUAAUAAUUAUUAUAUUUAUACAUUAUUACUUACUAUUAAUAAAAAAGACAAAAAUAAACAAACAAAAGAGUGCACCGGUAAAUGAAAAAAUAACUAUCCAUAAAUUGAUUCCUUAAAAAUCAUACAACUGACGUUCGCUGAUAUUCCAAACAAUCAAUUUAUCGAUGUUCUCCUAUCAUCGCUCCUUCUAUUCUUAUAAUGCAUAAUGUAAAAAUCUGAACUUCGUGGAAGGGUUGAAACUAAACUACUUUUAUUCUCCCUUCCGACGGAAAUCAGAAAUUAAGCGCAAGCGCAAUGUUAUUUUUCUUUUGAACUAUUAUUACCAUCCCUUUUAGUAUUAGACAAGCCAUCGAGGAUCAAAGAUGCAAAAAUCAAAAGACAAGGCAAAGACAGCCAAUCAGAAGUUCUACUUGAAAGAUUACGAAUACCAGAAGAACGUGAAUCUGAGCAUUCAAUACAAUCGUUGGUUGUUAAAACCAAUGGGUCUUUGGCCGAAUUCGUAUACAUCACGAUCGAAAGAUUAUCUGUAUUGGCUUAUAAAUAUCGUCUGUUACUGUUUAAUCAGUUUCCUCUUCAUCCCUUGUACGCUAUAUCUGUUCCUUGAAAUUGAAGAUUUUUACGGGAAACUGAAACAAUUCGGUCCUUUGAUCUUCUGCAUGAUGGCAUUCGUAAAAUAUUAUUAUCUAAUUUUCCACAAAACCGAUAUUCGCGAAUGCGUGGAAAGGAUCAAGUGGGAUUGGAGGAACAUCACAUACGCGAAAGAUAAAGAGAUCAUGAUAAUGUACGCGAAUUUUGGACGAAAACUGGUGGUCGUUUGCACCUUUUUCAUGUACAGUGGAUUUGCCUUUUAUUACAUCGCUAUACCGAUCAGCGUUGGCAGAGUCAAAACAGAUAAUCUCACCUUCAUCCCUUUGGUGUUCCCUUUCUCGAGAUUCAUCGUCGAUACUCGUUACAGCCCGACCAACGAAAUCGUAUUUUCCAUCCAAUUGAUGGCCGGUGCUCUUAUGCAUGGAAUCACAUCGGCUGCUUGCAGUUUAGUGGCUACAUUUGCGGUGCAUGCUUGCGGCCAGAUGCAGGUGUUGAUGAACUGGUUGCAACACUUGAUAGACGGCCGAUUGGACAUGGACGAGCGCUUGGAUGGUAGAAUCGCGGACGUGAUACGCCAACAUGUUCGAGUCCUAAAAUUUUUGGCGCUUACCGAAAAAACUCUACAGCAAAUUUCUUUUACCGAAUUUUUGGGCUGUACGCUAGAUAUAUGUCUCGUUGGAUAUUACGUUAUUAUGGAAUCGAAAUCGAAUGAUGUCACGAGCGUAAUAACUUACACAAUUUUACUUAUAUCACUUACGUUCAAUAUUUUUAUAUUUUGUUAUAUAGGCGAGAUCGUUGCCGAAGAGUGUAGGAAAAUUGGUGAAAUAUCGUACAUGAUCGAAUGGUACCGAUUGAUGGGAAACAAAAAGCUUUUUUGCAUUUUAAUCAUCGCAAUGUCUAAUUCCUCGAUAAAAUUGACAGCUGGAAAUAUCGUGAAUUUAUCUAUAAGCACGUUUACCGAUGUGAGUAUCAAUUUAUUCUCGUAAUUUUCUUCUUUCUGUCUUUUUUUUUAGAUUGAUUUUCAUCUUUAAUUUUAAUAAAUAGGUGGUUAAGACAGCGGUUACUUAUUUAAACGUACUUCAAAAAACAACUUGAAAAUUUCUAAGUAUGGAUAUUUUUUUAUAUUCGUUGAUGUGUGUGUUUAAAAAAUCUUUACUGUUAUAUACUCGUUUUAUAUGUGUCUUUUUAUACAUGUUGUUUCAAAUAAUGAGUGAUUGUUAAUUGUCUUGAAUGUUGAAAAUUUUUUCUAUAAUUUAAAGGGAUAUUAAAAAUCAUGUUUUAUAAUGAUGUUAAGAAUUAAUGAUAAUGAUGAAAAAAAUUUUGCAAAUAAAUUAAUUGGUAUGUUAUAUACUUAUAUUAUAUUCUUUUAGUCUCAAAUUUGUUAAAACUUACUUAUCAUUUCGUUUCGUGAAAAGAAUAACAAAAUAGAGAAUAUUUCCAAAAAUUAUAGAAAACUUCAAAAACUAUUAUCCAAGCACAAAAAUUACGCACAAAAAGUAAAUAAAUUAAAUAUCAUAGAAAAGUUCUACAAAGCAAUGAAAAAAUUUUCUUAAAAAAGACGACUAAUAGUAAAAAAAAGUUCAUAAAAAAAAAAAGAAAAUAAACUCACUUUUUCCAUGUAUCAACAGUUCUGUUCUACUAAUAUUAAAAAAAAAUCAAUUUAUCGAUGUUUCAACUCUUCCUGCCUGUAAUGCAUAAUAAGAGAAGUGCCAAAUGGGGAAGAGUUUAUUUCAUCGAGGGAGAAUAACUUUUAAUUUUACCCUUGCGAUAAAAAUUGGAAGAAAUGGCGCAAGCGCAUCCACGUCUUAUGAUAAUUAUCAAUCUACAAAUCUCUCAGUACGAAGAGAGCUUUUGAGCUCGAACGAAGAAACGAUAUGU